GGCGCCGGCGAUGCGGGCGGGCCGGGCCGAGGAGCUCUUCCGGGACGCCGACUUCCCCGCCUCCGACGCCUCGCUUUUCUUCAACCUGUCCACCCCGCUGGCCCAGUUCCGGGAGGACAUCACGUGGAGGCGGCCGCAGGAAAUCUGUGACUCACCCCGGCUGUUCCCAGAAAACCCCCAGGAUGGGCAGGUGAAGCAGGGACUUCUGGGGGAUUGUUGGUUCCUGUGUGCCUGCGCCGCCCUGCAGCAGCAUCGGCACCUCUUGGAGCAGGUCGUCCCUCCAGGACAGCCGAGCUGGGCCGACGAGACCUACCGGGGUGCCUUCACCUGUCGCAUCUGGCAGUGUGGACGCUGGGCGGAGGUGACCGUCGAUGACCGUCUGCCUUGUCUUGCAGGGAGACUCUGCUUCUCCCGCUGCCGGAGGGAAGAUGUGUUCUGGCUUCCCUUGCUGGAAAAGGUCUACGCCAAGGUCCAUGGGUCCUAUGAACAACUAUGGGCAGGGCAGGUGGCCGACGCACUGGUGGACCUCACUGGUGGCCUGGCAGAAAGGUGGGACCUGAAGGCCUUGGCAAGAGCUGGUGACCAGAAGGACAGGCCCGGUGGCCCAGAGCUGCGGAGUUGUGGGCGGCUGCUCGACCUCAAAGACAGGUGCCUGCUCAGCUGCUUGGUACUGAGACCCAGGCCAGAUGCCGGCGAGCUGGGCGAGUUCCACAGCCUGGUCAUCUCGGACGUGCAGGAGCUCUGGGGCCAGAGCAUUCGGGUGCUGCUGCUGCGUGUGUACAACACCUGGGGCCGACACUGCUGGCAGGGGCGCUGGAGAGAGGGGGGUGAGGGGUGGCGCCAGGUGGAGUCCGCACAAGAAGCCGAGCUGCUGUCCCAGCUCCAAGAAGGAGAGUUCUGGAUGGAAGAGGAUGAGUUCCUUAGCGAGUUUGAUGAGCUCACCGUGGGCUACCCAGUCACCGCCGCUGGCCACCUGCAGAGCCUUCACACAGAAAAGGUGCUGUGCCACACGCAGGCGCUGCCCGGGGCCUGGGUCAAGGGCCAGUCUGCUGGAGGUUGCCGGAACAACAGCAGCUUCCCCAGCAACCCCAAGUUCUGGCUGCGGGUCCUGGAGCCCAGUGAGGUGUAUGUGGCCCUGCUGCAGAAGCGCGACAGGCGACCGGCGGACUGGGCGGGCCGGCACCGGGCACCUGCGGCCAGUGGCCUCACCUCACAGAGUUCCACCAGCCUUCCUGGCAAGGACUACCCAGCUGUGGGCCUGCACAUCUGGAAGGUGGAAAAGCAGCGAGUGAGCCUGCCCAGGGUGCUGUCUGUGCCCCCUGUGGCUGGUACCGCGUGCCACGCAUAUGACCGGGAGGUCCACGUGCACUGUGAGCUCUCGCCCGGCUACUACCUGGUGGUGCCCAGCACCUUCCUGAAGGGCGUCGCGGGGCAGUUCCUGCUGCGUGUCUUCUCCACCGGCAGAGUCUCCCUCAGUGCUGUCAGGCUUGUGGCCAAGAGUGCCAGCCCCGGGGCAGCAGUGGCCACCGAGUGGGAGACUGUGCGGCUUCAGGGUUCCUGGCGAAUUGGCCAGACAGCAGGGGGCAGCAGGAACUUCGCCUCCUAUCCCACCAACCCCCGCCUGCCUUUCUCUGUGCCCGCGGGAGCUGGCCCCCGCUGCGUGCGCAUCACACUUCAGCAGUGCCGGCUCAGCACCAGCGACCUGCAUCCCAUCGGCUUCCACGUCUUUCAGGUUCCAGCUGACAGUAAUAGCAACGGCGACAGUGAGGCCCUGCCCACGGCCACGCCCCCACUGCUGCUGCUUCAGGAGCCACUGCUGAGCUGCGUGCCACACCGCUGCGCCCAGGACGUGAGCCGGCUCUGCCUGCUGUCUGCUGGGACCUACUGGGUGGUCCCAUCCACCUACCUGCCAGACACAGAGGGGGCCUUCACGGUGACCAUAGCAACUAGGAUAGACAGGCGGCCCAUUCACAGUAAGGAGACGCUGGAGAAGGUCCUCCAGGAGGUCUCCUUUGUGGGUGUGAUGAAGACCUGACUGGUGCCAGCCCAGGAGUCAAGGAUCCGCGUUGCCAGCCUCAUCACCCAUGGCCCAUGCAGACCAAGUGAAGCGCCUGGCCUGGACAUGGGCAGCCCUGGUCGCAGCAAGGACAGGACCCAGACCGCUGGAGCAUCCCCAGUCCUCUGGCUACACAGAUGCCUCCCGUGGGGAAGCGGGGACCUGGCCAGGAGUCGUUUAGUGCUGCUUCUUGGUGGGGACGUUGUCAGGGUGAAUGUUUAUAAACGAACGCUGACACGGA